AUGGCCCCAGCUCAUGCACAGUCAGUGCUCAGCUCUGGCUCCGUCAGUGUUAGCUCUGUGCUCAGCUUGUGCAAAAGCCAAAUGCAGAGCCAAUGGGCUCUGUGCCCCAGUUCAGUGCCCAGCCGUGCUCAGCUCUUCUUAGUUUUUUUCUACUCUGUGCUCAGGGUCAUGCAAAAACUCAGUGGCUCCCGUGCUCACCAGGGGGCCCCUCAGUGCUCAGCUCAGGGUUUCUCAGCUUUAGGCCAGCUCUGUGCUCAGCUCAGUGCCAAACUCUGUGCUCCCGCUCAGGCUCAGCUCAUGCUAGGGUCGUGGCCCGCUCAGUGCUCACCCUGUGCUCCCCUCAAAAUCUCAGCUCAGUGCCCCAGCUCCUGUCGUGUUCAAAUCAGUGCUCAGUCAUUUCUCAGCUCUGUGCUAGCUAAGUGCUCCGCCAAUGCUCAGUGCCAGCUCAGUGCUCAGCCCCAGCUCAGUGCUCAGCCGUGCUCGCUCAGUGCUCAGUCAAGCUCAGCUUUAGUGUCAGCUCAGUUGGGUCAUCAGGGCUCAGUCAGUGCUCCUGUUCAGCUCAGUGCCCUCUCAGGGUCAUGUUCAGCUCAGUGCUCCCGCUCAGUUCUCCCGCUCAGUGCUCAGCUUGUGCUCGCUCCCGUGCUUAAUUUAGUGCCGCUCUGUUUCUCAAAAUCAGUUUUCAGCUCAGUUUCAGUGGUUUUGCCCUGGUUUGCUCAGUGUUUGCACAGUGCUCACUCGUGCCAGGUUCAGCCCAGGUCAGGCUCAGAUGUUAUCAGCUCAGUGGGUCACCAUUUUCUCAGGUUUAGUUCAGUGCCCACUCAGGGUAGCUCGUGUCCCCAUGUUCCCCCAAAUGCUCAGUGUUUCGCUCAGUGCUCGUGGGUUUUUCUCAGUGCUCUUUCUCAGUGUUCAGCCCGUGCCCAGCUCAGUGCUAGCUCAGUGGUACCCCAGAGCAGCAGUAGUAGUAGUAGUAGUUUCAGUAGCAGUAGCAGUAGUAGUAGCAGUAGCAGUAGUAGUAGCAGUAGUAGUAGCAGUAGUAGCAGUAGCAGUAGUAGUAGCAGUAGUAGCAGUAGUAGUAGUAGUAGUAGCAGUAGCAGUAGCAGUAGUAGUAGCAGUAGCAGUAGCAGUAGUAGUAGUAGUAGUUGCAGUAGCAGCAGCAGCAGUAGUAGUAGUAGUAGUAGUAGUAGUAGUAGUAGUAGCAGUAGCAGUAGUAGCAGCAGUAACAGUAGCAGUAGUAGUAGUAGUAGCAGUAGUAGUAGUAGUAGUAGCAGUAGUAGUAGUAGCAGUAGUAGUAGCAGUAACAGUAGUAGUAGUAGCAGUAGUAGUAGUAGUAGUAGUAGCAGUAGCAGAAGUAGUAGCAGUAGUAGUUGUAGUAGCAAUAGUAGUAGCAGUAGCAGUAGUAGUAGUAGUAGCAGUAGUAGUAGCAGAAGCAGUAGUAGUAGUAGCAGUAGUAGUAGUAGUAGUAGUAGUAGCAGUAGCAGAAGUAGUAGCAGUAGUAGUAGUAGAAGCAAUAGUAGUAGCAGUAGCAGUAGUAGUAGUAGUAGCAGUAGUAGUAGUAGUAGCAGUAGCCAUAGUAGUAAUAGUAGUAGUAGCAGUAGCAGUAGUAGUAGCAGUAGUUGCAGUAGCAGUAGCAGCAGUAGUAGCAGUAGCAGUAGUGGUAGUAGUAGCAGUAGUAGCAGUACCAGUAGUAGUAGCAGUAGUAACAGUAGCAGUAGUAGUAGCAGUAGUAGCAAUAGCAGUGGCAGUAGUAGCAGCAGUAGUAGUAGUAGCAGCAGUUGCAGUAGUAGUAGUAGUAGCAGUACCAACAGUAGUAGUAGCAGUAGUAGCAGUAGCAGUAGCAGUAGUAGUAGCAGUAGUAGCAAUAGCAGUAGUAGUAGUAGUAGC